UCCAGUUUGCUUGUUAAAGGCCGGCCCGUCGGUAGUGUGAGCCAUGUGAACUCUUCUGACCAUGAUGUAAACAAAAUAACUGAUAUUUGUGUUUUAAUAAGUUCGCUUGAUACUGUGGUGUUUGAAGUAUGUGCUAAGGGUGCUCCGCUAGCGGAUUCCGUGUGGAUUUUCGGAAGAGCUCUCGAUUAAUCGAAUCACCAUGGUGCCUGCGUAUUUAUUGCUCUUAGCUGCAUUCUCGCCAGUUUUAGCAGACAUCGGGAUGAUGUUCAAGAAGUACCCUCAGCCGGUGGCAGCGCCAGUCGGUGAUGAAGUGGCUUUCGACUGCGUGGUGAACGUGCCCGGAGACAGGCUGGCAUGGCGAUGGAGGCCUGUGGAUGACCCUCGGUGGAGGGAUGCGAAUGGCACCACGGACAAGACUUCUACCAGGCUGACUGUCAAUGUUAAAGAGGAUACACCCACCUCGCUGUACCAGUGUGUGGUCUGGUACGGCGGGAUCAGCCUGGUCUCAGUUCCCGCGCGCCUGUCAGUAGCGCGAGUGGAGUUGGGCAGCGUUCGUCCUAACACCAGGGUCAUCAGCUCUCCUCCACACAACACUGUUGUACUGCACUGUAAAGAGCCCGUGUCGGAGCCGCCUGCCGUCAUCACCUGGUGGAAAGAAAAUAAGGGUUCAAAGAAGCCGCUGGAGACUCCUCACGGAGUGCUGGUGCUGCACAACGUGACGUCAGACGACAGCGGCAUGUACGGCUGUUCGGCCACCAACGAGCCCUCUGGGAGGACCGUGGACUUGCCCGAGAAAGUCCACCUGAAGAUCCAGCACGGGCAUAGUGAAGUCAAGUUCCUCGAAUCCGAAGAGUACGUGGGUAACAUAGACAACGACGGAGUCUUGACAGUGUCAGUACGACCGAGAGAAGUUCUACGGCUGUGGUGUGGGGCCGUGGGCUCGCCACCCCCACGCGUGGUGUGGAGCCGGGAGAGAAAUGGCCAGAUCCGCGGCAAACACGGCCACAUGCUCGUCAUUGAUCCUUUCACUGCUGAUGAUGAGGACGUCUAUUCCUGCUCUGCCAACGAAGUUCGUCGUUCAUGGAAAGUGAUUGCCCUCCAAGCCCCAUCCUGGGAGGGGUCAGCUCGGAACGUGAACGCCACGGAGGGAGGGGAGGCGCACAUCGCUUGUGGGAUCCCUCACGGACAACCACCACCAACCAUUACCUGGGUCCUGAACUCUGAACCAGUGCAGAGCUCUAAGGGCAAUAGGACUGCAGACACAGAGCUGUUCAUCCGACCUGUAGAGAAGCGACACGCUGGUGUGGUGCAGUGCUUCGCUUGCAACUCACUCGGCUGCGCUUACGAGGCCGCCAUGCUGACUGUCGUGCCGAAGCAGAUAUCUGAGGAUAUGGAUUAUUCAGCUGAAGCUCCCAAAACUAUGCACAGUGCGUUCCAAGCGCCGAAAAGACACAGAGGGAAAAAUCCAAGAAAACACAAAGUGGUGAUGAUGCCGCCAUCCAGACCCAACGUCACCCGGUUGUCUGACACCAGCGUGAUGGUGUCGUGGACGCAGCCUAACCAUGGCUUGACUAUACAGUUUUAUAAGGUCCAGUACAAAGAAGUGUCCAACAUAAGUGACUCGUCGUGGCAGACGGGCAACUGGGACAUACAACCGCAUAUACACGCAUGUGAGGUGGACACCUUACACCCCAACAUUUACUACAAGUUCCGUAUAGCAGCCGUGUACUCCAACCAGGACAACAAGCAAGGGCGCAGCUCGGCAAAGUUCCUUCUCCAGCGCGGGGUAUCUCAUAUACCACGAGCACCACAACUCACUAGCGCAGAAGCUCUGUCACCGCACACCAUACAGCUUAAUUGGACGUGGUCGAUCGGCGACAACAUGCAAGUCCAAGCCGAGGGCUUCUACAUAUACUACCGGGCGCUGGCCUCGGCGGGGAUCUAUGACAAGGUGGCUAUCUCCGGAGGCGGGGCUAGAAGUUACGUGCUGUCUCAUUUGACGCCUGAUACGGCCUAUGAGGCCAAGGUCCGAUCCUACACCACCCAGGCUGCGUCCGAGUUCAGCAGGAUUGUGGAGGCUAAAACACACCGGUCGACGAACGCCCCGACCACUACCACGGAAGCCCCGGUGGAAGACAUGAAGGGUUCAGCGAGAGCACCAGAUCCUUUGGUCACGGCAGGUGGAGCCCUAGGGGCGGUGGCGCUGCUCGUCAUAUUGGCGGUGACGCUACUGCUCUGUAGAAGGGCGAAGAGGCCUCCAGCUGACAAAGAGAAAGGAUCCGUGCCCGAGACCGGGGGCGCUAACGGCUACAUUCAAGCCAAGGUGCCCAUCACCAUUACUGCCAAUCCUAUGCACGCUGAGGGUGGCGAUGGAGGCGUGGAGAUGUCAUUCCUCCACAAUAAUAACUGCGGAAACAAUGGCAGCAACGACGACACACUACCCCACUCCAGGAAAAAUGGCCCCACCAAUCGACAGUACGUGUAAUCAUCCAGUAUUGCCAGAGAGCGUACUUCGGUACAUUGCUAUGUGGAAAAAUUCAAAAUGUGAUAUUAAAUGAGAGCCAUAUUCGAGGUGUUUACGGACUUGUAACAGUACAAAAUAUUAUUUAUAUAUUUACUUAGUAAAGUAAGUUUGAACAUGAAGAACAGGGUUGCGCUAUAAAAUAAGUGUUGCAGGUUACACGGAAUGUUACUUAACUGAUUCUUUUGAAGGUUAAGGCCCAUAUUCUUGCUUCGUUUUAUUAAAGUUUGCAAGGCGUAGGAUCCUUAAGGAUAUCUUAACACUUGACAAGAAGUUUGUUCAAGAGGACAAUUAACGUGAAGCGCUUCAGUGUUGUAAUUUCAACAUUCCUACUCUAAACAUUUUGAGAACCACGAGGGAGGCGGAAUUCCUUUUUUUAUUGUAGGGUUGACGGCACACCAGACUAUAAUAAUAUAUUAUGUUAUAAAAUAGCACCUAGCACAACUAGGUAAAGCGCCACAUAUUUUUAGGGUUCCGUAGUCCUGACAAGGAACCCUUAUUUUGGUUUGAUGUGCCUUCUUCCAUACUUACAUGUACUGAAGAAAAAGGGGGUUAGAAGGGUAUGUCAAUGUAAAUUAGCCGCUCGCAUAUCAAAAUAUCAAACUUAACACAGCAUAGCUUAGCUUUUGCUAUAGCUCGCUCUUAAGCUUUGUCCAUAGUAGUGGCCAAAAUAAGUGUUUCCAAGCAUGACUCUCUAAAAAAAGAACCCGUCAUGCCUUGUCAUACCACUCAUAAGUUUAUUUUCCGCCCUUGUUCCCGAGUAAUUACUCUAUUUUGUGGACAGCCCUGAAGUGGACUGACGACUAGUGCUAAGACUAAUUAUUUAUUAAUAUUUACGACGCUAGAUGGCGUUAAUUAACAGCUUCAAACUUCUCCAUCGCGCGAUCUUUCAUUUAGCUAAUGAAUCUCAUUGAAUCUAACAUUACGAUAACAGUAUAAUUCUACUACUUGCGGUAUAUGGCAAUGUACUUAAUAUGAUUUUUGUUAUUAAUUUUUGUUAGACGUUAUUUAGUUAUUAUUUCAGUGGAAGUGUGAAAAUUUUAUUUGUUUAUUCAUUUAUGCAUUUUUAUUUUGACUGCUUUCUGACUUUUCCUAAGGUUGUGAUGGACCCAGGCAUUUAAAUGUAAUAAUGACAUUAACUUUAGUUAAAUAAACAUACCUGAUAGGUAACGACUGCUUAUUUUACUAAUUUGUUAUCUAGCAGGUAUUUAAGUGUAGAUAUCUGUUGGUAAUAUAAAAUAAUUAAUUUAAAACGUAGCAUGUACGAUAAUGUGAAUACUACGAAAUGUUUAGUAUUAUAUUUUAUCACAAGCAACCUAGCUCGUAAGCACGCUAUACAUUAUUUACAUAAAUAAGCACAUAAAUAAAACCGAAAACUGAAAUGUAUGACAAUGUCACUGAAACAAAUAUUUAAGUAAAUAAGUAUAGCAAUCGUAAGAGAUAGACAUCAUAUCUGUAUUUAUUUGCUCAUUUUUUAUUAAACUGACGAUAUUAAAGUGUAUCUAGAUAAUAUUUGAGCUGAAGAUAAUGUAAGAUCUUAAUCUAGUGCCACUGAAUGUAUAGUUUCUAAUAGAUCACUUAAUUGGCUUAAGCGAAGGCUUUAGGCCGUACGUAAUUUCAUUACAGACGCUAAUUACUUAGUAUUUGUAUCCCUAAUCUGUGUUGAAGUAGGUCCUCGAAUUAAUUAUGUUAAUAGCUGUAUUGUUUAGUUUAAGAGACUCCUUAGUAACACAUAUUUAAUAGAGUUGUAAUUUUAUUGUUCCACCAGCAUAAAUAUAGUUGACGGGGCAUCUUACUACAUUAUAAAAUUGUAAAUAUUCAAUAUAAACUACCUACUUGGCGCGAAUUCACGUGGAAUAUUAUCCUCCAUACCAUCAAAUAUAAACAUUGUGCCAUCAUAACGAUGUAAUACUAUCGUAAUAUAUAGCAUUUUAUUAUAAAUCGAAUAAGUAAAUUGUGGUUUAAAAUGGCGACGUACUGCAUUCUCAUUUAUUAGAGACGAUGGACGAACCUUUUUAGUGAUUUGAGGAGUUGAUUUUUGUUCGUAAAAAAUUCUAACCAGUUUUAAAGAUAUUAAUAUUCACUCUAUUGGAUAUGUGCUCGACGGAUAUCCAUUACUGAAAUUACAGUUAACCUUAAACGUGCAACCAGCUAUUGACUGACUAUUUUCCAUGCAAAUUGAGUCUGAAUUGAUCAAUAUCACUUGACGCCCACUGUGUAUUGUCCGAAGUAGCGGACAUUACCAGUAUUCCCCGGUACUGCACUGCGGACUCUGCCCGCGUUAUGCAUCAGAAAACAAUCGCAAACGCUUCAUCACUGUAUUAUGCGAAUGUUUUAAUUAAAAGUCUGUAACAAACGGCGCGUAUACAAGUUUUGAUAUAAAGCAAAGUUAGUAGCUAAAAAUACAGGGCAAAGCAAACUGUACGGAGCAUGAAAAGUGUGCGAAUGAAAGUUAAUAAUGGCCGAAUUAUUGUCGAACACUACACAAAAACAUUAGUGAAAUUCUUCAAGUAAAAUCUGCGAAUUCUGUAGAUAUUAUAAAGAAACGAUUUUUCUUGGGAUGUAGAAAAUUGGGGAAAACUACGUGCCAUUUUGUUCGUUUCCAAAUGUGCCCGACACAACUUUUCUAGCUCUACAGUUUCGUCACCCUGUAUAAAUGUAUAAAUAUCAAUGCACUCGCGAAUAAGACUGAACAAUGUGAAAAGUCAUUUAGAACAACGAGUUUAAAUUUAAUUUGAUUUUUUAUUGUAACAUCGCUUGUUUCUAUUAAAUAACGCAACUUAAAAAUAAAAGUGGAUUUGUUAAUAGA